AUGCGCCCAAAUACCUGGCGACAACGCAUCCACAUACUCGAUAUUCCCCAGCCCAACAACAGACAAAGACUUCUGUCCACCUCUAUUCCUCAAAAACAUCGCAUAUGCGUCAGCACACACAAAGACGCGACCGACUCUGAGGGGCAUGCUGGGGUAUCUCUCCUCAUGGUGCCCACGACCCCGCUUACCGACUCGCACAGCCACGCGCACCUGCGAAGGGAAGGAAGGGGAGAAGACACCACAGCAGACAUGCAGAUCUGCUAUCAAGGCAAUGCGACCCCAAGUGGCGUCGAAUGGGCCCCUCAGAUGCGAGAUAUAGGGUGCAUGAGGCCACUCGUCACGCUGGGCGCGAGUGUGGUGCUUGGCUAUAACGCUCAUUUGGGAUCCUGUACCUUGGCCGGCAGUGUUAGCUGGCAACACAAGCGCAGAGGGCUCCCGAAGCCGCUCUUGUCCAGCACAUCGUCGACACCCACAUACAAUGUAUCAAGUGGUCUCGAUCGCGGAGAUCUUUCGGAUAAUCUGUCAGACAGCGAUUACCCAUCCCUUGCUGUGCUGGCACGGUUGGGCAGCAUAUUUUACCCAACUGCAAUUGAAGUGCUAUGGCGAUGCUUGGAAAACCCUAUCCCAAUAUUCCGCCUACUACCCGGCCAAUGCGUGGAGAACAGAAGCAUUCGAGUCUAUGUGCGCAGCCAGUCUCUCUCAGAAGCGGGAUACGUACUGAAUAUAUCACCUCCACAGGAUGUACAACGAAACCUCAUUGCUAGCGACUUCGCCGCAAUCAUUGAAUAUGCCCCGCUGGUGAAGCUGAUCAGAUUUCGUCGAACACCAGACAUGGUUGUCAACGGCUGA